AUGCCGAUUCCAACGAACCCUUACCAGCCAUACGCCAAACUUCACGAGAAUCCAGCUGGGCCUGGAGACAAGCGACCAACGACUACGCAGGUCCUGCAAGAUGAGGGUUUGCUCGAUGGAGGUCUCAAGGACAAGGUCUAUCUCGUCACAGGUUGUUCCGCUGGGCUAGGCGCAGAGACAGCACGCGCCUUACACAACGCCGGCGGAGACGUGUACAUGACCGUCCGUGAAGCCAAGAAGGCCGAAGGGGAGAAGAUCAUCAAGGACAUCAAGUCGACCUCUAAGGGAUCCGGCAAACUCGAACUUGUCUUCAUGGAUCUCACUGUUUUCGACAGCGUCCGCGCCGGAGCAGCAGACUUCCUCAAACGAAGCCCGACUCUCAACGUCCUUGUCGAAAAUGCAGGUGUCAUGGCACCGGCAUACAGCAAAACAUCCGCAGGCUACGAGCUCCAAUUGGGAACCAACCACUUCGGCCACUUCCUCCUCUUCCAACUGCUGAAAGACCGCCUCCUGGCCUCCGCUACGCCCUCAAACCCCAGCCGCGUUGUCAUCGUAACCAGCGCAGGGCACCAAUUUUCCCCCAUCCGCUUCUCCGACAUGAACUUCGACAAAGCCGGCGACUACGACGGCUACACCGCCUACGGGCAAUCCAAAACCGCCAACAUCUACAUGGCCUCGUCCAUCGAACGCCACUACGCCGCCCGAAACCUCCACGCCACCUCCGUCCACCCAGGCGCCAUCUGGGACACGGACAUCAAACGUCAUCAGAGCGUUGAGCUCGUCGAUUCGACGUUUGAUAUGUCUUUGCUGGAACCCCUGAUGAAGAGUGUUGAGCAGGGUGCUUCGACGCAGGUCUGGGCGGCGACGGCGGAGCAUUUCAGGGAUAAGGGGGGUUUGUAUUUGAGUGAGACGGGCGUAGCGGGACCGCAUCCUGAGGGGGCGCAUAUGGCUAUUGGGGGAUAUGUGGGGCAUACGUAUGAUGAGGAGGCGGAGGAGAGGUUGUGGAGGUUGAGUUGUGAGGUAUUUGGGGUGGGGGAGGAUUGA